AUGUUCAUUAAGGGCAUGUUGUUGCCAGACUUGGCGAAUCAAUAAUUUUGGAAUUUUUAUCAGCAUACGAAAUUAAUACUGCAAGGUUUUUGGAUGUGGGAUAUUGAUGAUAGAUAAACAGACAGACAAGUAUUAACAGUAGCACCUGACAGGAUGACUGAAAUAGUCAUUUAUGAUGGUAAUGCCCAAGCUAAAAUAUUACCAAUUUUAAAUCUUCUUUAUGUUAAUAAUGUUAAUAAUUAAAAAAAUAUUUUUCACAUAUUUAGUUUUAAUUAAUAUAAAUUAAUUUAAAAAUGA